UGCGGGUUUCGAAAACGACACCGUAUAAAUCAAUCAUGUCAUUCUGGUGAAAUCCCUCCCCUCCACCGCGCUUUAGGACGCAUCAUCGUCUUUUUCUCUAGAACUGCGUUACGAAAACGCGCCGUUUCGUUCCCGUUCCCGUUCUCGAGAAAACUGAGCAAGUGAAUCAGGGUUUGAGAGGUUGGUGUGUAAGCAACAAUGGCAGACAAACCCCAACCGGUUCGAGUACUGUACUGCGGGGUGUGCAGUUUACCACCCGAAUACUGCGAAUUCGGAUCCGAUUUCGAUAAAUGCAAACCCUGGUUGAUUCAAAAUGUUCCUGACCUUUACCCUAAUCUUAUUAAAGAGGCGAAUGAUAAGGAAGCUGAUAGAGUUGCUGACAAGCUGCAAGGUACCGGUAUAUCAUCCGGAGCUGGUGAUGGAGCUGCUUCCUCAGCACCGAAAGAAGAGGUGAAACGUCUUCCUGGUGGGAAGAUAAAGAAAAAGGAGAAGCAAGAGGUUAUUAUUGAGAAGGUUGUGCGCAACAAGCGAAAGUGUAUCACCACUGUGAAGGGCCUGGAACUAUUUGGUGUCAAGCUCAGUGAUGCUUCAAAGAAACUUGGGAAAAAGUUUGCUACAGGAGCCUCUGUUGUCAAGGGCCCGACUGAGAAAGAACAAAUUGAUGUUCAAGGGGAUAUAGCUUAUGACAUCGUGGAGUUCAUUACAGAUACUUGGCCUGACGUUCCAGAAGCAGCAAUUUUCUUUAUAGAAGAUGGGAGAAAGGUUCCAGCUGCUUGAUUUUGAUAUCCUGGCAUUAAAACUUUGACUGAUUGCCAGACUCUAUUUAUUGUAAUCCCCCCUCCCCCCUUCCUAAUAUUCCCCAAAAAAAGAACAUAGUGUGGCCCUGGUGGACAUCAGCAUAUGUAGUUUUGGUUGAACUAUCAUAUUCAAUUAAUGGGGUGUGUAGAGGCAAAAGGAAGAAAAGGCUCAUUUGCAUCAUUUUUGUAUUUUCA